GGGGGGGGUGUCGGGCGGCGGCGCCGGAGACGCUCCACUCUGUCGCUCGUCCGCCUCGCGCACGCCAUGGCAUCCAAGUGCCCCAAGUGCGACAAGACCGUCUACUUCGGUGAGUGGCUCCUUCCUCGCCUCCAUCCCUCCCCAAGACGCGCCCGCCAGAGCGAAGAUGCUGGCUGCCGCGCCCGGGCGCUCUGCCCAUGCUCAGAGGCCAUGCCCGGGCGGGGACAAAGCAGAAGAAGCCGGCGGGCGCCGCCUUGGCGAGCUUUGCGCUUAGCCACGCCUUCGGUGGCUCCUCGUGCGUGCGCGGUCCCCUGGCCGCGCCAUCCUCUGGGGCGAAGCGCUUCUUGCCCCCGAGCCCGAAGGAGCUGCUUCUGGGCGCAGCUGCGCGCGCUCGAUGGAGCCUCCCUCCUCAGAGGCAGAGUAGCGCGGAGUAUCCGGCGCCCUCGCGGAGCAGCAGGCCCGCCUUGCGAGUGCCCAGAAGCAGAUAGGCGGCCGCUCUUGGGAACUGGAGGGACCGGAGCUAGACCCGGCAGGGAUGCUCUUAUGCAACAGCCAAACCUCAAGCCGCUCCACUAGUCCAAAUGUACGGAAAAUACUUUCUCGUUAUCGAAUCAUUUGCUCUCGCAGGCCUCCUCCUCCAAUCAUUUCUCCUUGUCAAAAAUUCACUUUUCCACCCGGCGCAUUCAUUCCUGCCAGAUUCCCUCUCCUACUGAAAGAAAACAGUGGACGUGUCUUCUUCAUUCUUACAGAACUCAGAUUGUUGCUAGGUUACCCGCUCCUCUUUUGAGCACAGGGCUAAUCAUGCAGAUGUCUCCUAAACAAAAUGGUCAAUUAAAAAUGAGCAGCAGCAGCCCCCGCGGUCUGCAAGAACAGGCCGGUAGGUGUGAGAGAGAGAGUGUUGGGUGAAACCGUUUGCUAAGAGCAUGUCGAGUGUGUUGGCGGUUGUAGAAAAAUGGAGCCACUCCCCGACUUCACCCCAUCCCACUUAGCAUACCAUAGGCUUGCAGUGAGCGGCUGCUACUGGCUCAUUCCCAUUUUUUGUUGUUAUUGGAAGCUGUUUCUAGGCAUGCAAUGCAGGUGCCUGAGGUCAAGGAAUUGAGAGGCAUCCUGCAUCCUUCUUUAGAACCUCUGUUGCCAAGAGCAGGACAGAGAGAACUGGAGCCUCAGUAGGAUGCAGUGGGGCUCCCCAUGCAUAGAACCACACAUUAAUUUUGUAUAUUGCACGAGAGUUUGGAAAUCAAAUGUAUCCAUCUUUCAGGCAGGACCAUAGCUAGGGGGUGGAAAGGUGGGCCCCGCCAGGGGCGCAGGCGAUUGGGGGGCACAAAAUUGGCUAAAAAUAUGUCCAUAAAUAUAAAUAUUGAUUAUUGCCUCAUAAGAAAUGAUUUUACAUAGAGGGUGAAUUGAAUGGGUGGAGGGGGGGGGGGUUGGAGAAGAGGCGGCAAGAAGAGCUCAUUUGUCCAUGGCUAGAGGGCGCAAUCUGGACGGUUCUGCCAGGGGUGCAGGAUCACCUAGCUACAGCUCUGCUUCCAGGAUGACCAGAAUAUCAUAUUCUCUGCCCCAAAUGCCAUUAAUACAGAAUGAAGGUGAAUAAGUGAGACCCGGGCAGUUCAUGAGCCACCACGUGAUGGGUUUCUGGACAUCAUUUUAGGGUCCUUAACUUGGCAGCUUGACUGUUUUCGUGUGUUAAAUUAAGCAAGUGCUGAACACCUCAGAAAGGCAAUUUCUAAAUCUUGGGUGUUGGUUUGUUUAGUUCAGUCGGUCAAAGGAGGCACGAAGAAUGCAGGCAAGUCCUCUUUUACUGCCACUUUCUUGCCUUUGUCAAGGGAACGUUAUGGCCUCUUGUUCAGCAGCAGAUGGUUCAAAAUGUGGGUUUGUAGCCACUGCAUAAUGGCCCGGCCAGAUUCUGUUCUCUGUCUGGACAGCUUUUGUUCUGGGAAUUGCUGUUUUAAAUUAGACUGCCUUUAGGGGACCCAAGCGCUCACCAGAUCACUUUCUAAUGGAAUUAGGGUGCAGCAUUCCCUUGUUACACCCAGUCGGGCAUCAAUUCCAUGCUGAGGAUUUGCUGUGCAUUGUUCGCUUUUCCUUCCUGGAAUUGGUUGAGGCUCUGUGAAGCAUGACAUCACAAUGGUAUCUUUCCUGCUUGUUUCUGUUAAGGAGUUAUGCAUAAGCCAGUGUGCUUGUUUCUCUCCCACCAUCUGCAAGUAAACACACAAAGAAAGACGAAUUCGCUGUUUUCUAUUUAAAGACAUUUGUGUGGGGGUGAAAAAACUCAUUACCCCUUUCCUUGGGAUCAUGUUUGUGAUGGGAAUAACACAUAUUCUUUCUUCUGCUCUCUGGGGGAGUUCUGUUCUCUUGAGCAUGAUAUGAGAGAGACAAUCUAUUUUUUUUUUAAUGACUCCUGUGAGAAAUAUGCAUGGGAAGCAUUAAAGUCAGAACUGAAAACCUGAAUGAAUUUCUCAGGAAAGAUACUUGACCAGUUACUGGCCUGGUUUAGGCAGAACAAUACUGGACCAGGAAUUAGCCAUGUGGUCUUCAUUGCACUCCCAGCUUUGACAGAGCUUUCCUGGUUUCUUAAGUCAUAGUUUCUCUUGCUAUCCAAACUGGGAAACUGGUCUGAGUGAUCUUGGAGAUGCUGUUUGAUAUCCUGGUUUGUUGGUAGUGCUCAGAUCCCAGUAUCUCAGUUCAGAUGUUUCUGGAAGCAGUGCUUUAAACAAGAAAAGCUUUGCUGAAGCUGGAUGUGUGAGCAGAGGAAGAUGGUGAGGUGAAUAGGGAGCACACAAACAUACAAGUUGUUCCUGGUACAAUAAGACAGGUAUCUUCAGACCCAGGACCCGCUUUUAACCCCGUGCAUUUGGGGACUCAUUUCUUAAUAUUUUCCCUUAUGUGAUAGUUCUCCUGUUUGUGGCCCAGGCCUCCGCCUACUAAUGGGUCCUCAGAAAUGGUUUCUGUUGUCCCUUCUUUAGAGAUAUUUCCUGAAAGAUUUAUUCCCACAUGGACUUGUGCUUUUACUAAUGAAAUGCAUCAACAAGGUUCUAUGAUUCUAUGCGACAAUGAAUUCUUAUAUUGUGCCUGGCUCUCACUCUUAGCUGUAGAAAUCACUACAGUGGGACCUCGGGUUAAGUACUUAAUUCAUUCCAGAGGUCCGUUCUGAACCUGAAGCACCACUUUAGCUAAUGGGGCCUCCUGCUGCCGCUGCGCCACCGGAGCACAAUUUCUGUUCUUAUCCUGAAGCAAAGUUCUUAACCUGAAGCACUAUUUCUGGGUUAGCGGAGUCUGUAAACUGAAGCGUAUGUAACCUGAAGCGUAUGUAACCUGAGGUACCACUGUAUUGUGUUUGGAAAUACUUAGGUCAUGUGUACAGUUGUACCUUGGAAGUCGAACGGAAUUCGUUCUGGAAGUCCGUUCAACUUCCAAAACAUUUGGAAACCAAGGUGCAGCUUCUGAUUGGCUGCAGGAAGCUCUACUAUUAAUGAAUUCUACAAAUGGAUGCCAUGUAGCAUAGAACAAGUCUUUUGGGUAGUGCCUCUCGUGACUCAAAAAUGCCGGUCAGUUUUUCUGACUGGACUAUGUAUCUGCCAUAAUCUGUUCAGCCAUUUGUUGUAUGACAGUGCACUGAUGUCUAGUGGGCUGCUAGUUCUGAUCUGGCCGCUGCUAGGCCAGGAAUGUUUUGGUAGGAGUUGGUAUGCAGUCUAUAAUUGAUGUUUGACAGGAGAGUCACUGUUGGGAAAGGUGGCAGCUCGUGUCUGGAGAUGGAGGAGGGUGGCAAAUAUCUCUUCCCCAAAGUGGGUGAUCUUUGCACAGGUCCACCACAUAUGAAUGGUGGUGCCCAGCUUGGAACAGCCUCACCAGCUGAUGGUGAUAGAAGGGGAGUCAAUCUUGUGCAGACAAAGGGGUGUGCUGUGCCAUCAAAAUAUUGUUUUUAGUGUCAUCUCCUGUGUUUUGGCCAAUAUAGAUUUGAGCGGUGGGUUAACCCAUAGCCUGUUCCAUGUGUCUUCAUCAACCUGGGUUCCCACAUGGCUCUACAAGAUAUGGAUGAGCCCUUCUUUGUGUCAGUAGUUCAUAAAGCUGAGAAGACAUACCUUUGUGUUAUUGAUUAGUUUGGGUGCAAAAACGUCAUCUGUGAGCGAAUUGCUUGUGAAUGAAUCACAGAACUGGGGUUGCAAAGCCUGCCCACAAAAGUUCUUAGUUGUAUGUAUUGUAGCCAGGAGUGAGAGACUGAGUUUGGAAGCUAGUGCUUCUUCUUUACCCAUUGGUCUCUAUGGAGGAUGUCCUGCAGACUGCAUAUGCCUUUUGACUUCCCGUCCAGCUGCUAUCAUCUCUUCCAAGCUUUGUUUAUUACAAACCCUGAAAGUUAAAUUUUAAAAAAAUUGGGAAUAUAAUUAAAUAUGUAGCAAAUAAGUUUGUCUCUGAAAAGCCUGGCAAGCUGAUAAGCAACAGGUUCCUGAAUGUUGGUUUUCUCUCAACUACCUAUCUUGACUGUUAGAACAAACAAAUGUGUGGAUCACUGUUUGAGGAAAGGUUGGGAGCCAAACAGUGGAUCUCUCCCUUUUUCACAGUUUGAACUGGAUGAAGGAGAGAUUUGAGAUUUGAGAAGGAGGAGAGAUUUGAGAAAGUUGUCUUGAACCUGAAUUACACUAGUCUUGAAUCUGCCAUGGGUGUAUUUUUUCUCCAGGAUGUGAAUUGCAAUGACAGUUUCUGAAAUGUAGGUUCCUAUUGCUUGUUGUUGAUGCCUCCCUGAAAAAAACAGAAGGAGUUUGAUUUCCAUUUUCUCUUUUGUGGACUGAGGGAGAAUUAUUAGCUCUCACAGUGGCUUGGGACAUAACAGGGGGUUUGGCAAAAGACUUGGGAAUCAAGUAUGAGUGAAGUUGUACAACCCUUGCCAACUUCUAGGUUUGCCUUAUUCCUUCUCAAUGCCUUCAUUUUGCUUUAGGAACUAUUUGCACCACUCCUUAUUGAAUCUCAACUCAUAGAGUCUGAUUAGGAGGAUCCUAUCUCUCCUUAAUAAAGCAAGAUAUGAACAAGCCUUUUGCCUGUUAACUCAGCUCCUUCACAACUCCCUUGACGGAGUGAACAAUCAGAUGAGGAAAACUCUAAUUAAUCAUGAACCACUUCAAAUAGUAGUUUGAAGUGUAGUUUAAUAUUCUGGCUUGUUCCAAAGCUGAUGACUAUAGUUUCCCAGUUUGGAGCACAUGGGAAGCUAUGGUUAAUGAGAGACUUUCUGGAUUGUUUUAUUAUUCAUUCACUACACUCCAUUGUCUUUCAAGACAGACAGGUGUGAACACAAUAGGCAAAAGACUUGUUCUUCUUAUUGUCCCAUCAAGGAUCCUGUUUCACAUUUUUGUUCAUUUUAAAAUAAAUUCUGUCAAGCACAUUUUUGUCAAAGAAUGGCUGAAAAUUUACUGCUUGGGGGUGCUGUGGUGUGAUGUGCCUUUUUCAUUAAGAAAGGAGGAAAAUGGGGGUUAUUGCAUAGAGUACUGAGGACUCAUGUACCUCAUGUGGUACCUCAGGUUACAGACGCUUCAGGUUACAGAUGCUUCAGGUUACAGACUCUGCUAAUCCAGAAAUAGUACCUCAGGUUAAGAACUUUGCUUCAGGAUGAGAACAGAAAUUGCGCGGUGGCGGCACAGUGGCGGCGGGAGGUCCCAUUAGCUAAAGUGGUACCUCAGGUUAAGAACAGUUUCAGGUUAAGAACGGACCUCCGGAACGGAUAAAGUUCUUAACCCGAGGUACCACUGUACAAGGAAAGUGAAACGGAAAACAACUCUCUAGUCUGCUUAACCUGACAAAGACGAAGGAGGAGCAGAUGGAGCGCACAGUCAUAUUCACAGAGGGGAAAUAAUUGUCAAACCAAACUGUACCCAUUUAAAGAUUGCCAGGCUCAUUCGCACAGAAACAACUAGGUCACUUGGUGAGAGAUAGUUGUGGCUGAAGGUGAGCUGCAAAGAGCAGGAGCUAAUCACUGUAUGAAAAACAUCCUGAGGUCAACUACCUGUAAUGCAGAACAAGUGUAAGAUAACUUAGGUUUAAUUUUUAAAAGAGAAGAGAGAAAGGUCACUUUUGGAGCAGGAAUUUGCAUUGGGGAAAGAGUUUUAACCAGAAUGAGUUGAUUUUUUAAUCAAGGCAAUGUAUUAGUUUCAAAUCCCUAACAAAUAUUAGCAUGGAUAAAUCAAAGUUUCUCAUUUUGUAGUACAGAUUUCCAGAAUGAGCUUGCAUUGUAUACAGUUUGGACCAUAAUUUGAGAGAAGCAAAUUUGAGGAGGUGAGAUCCUGAGUGUUAGAACUUUUACGUCCACCUGUGCUCUCUAUGGGGGUUUUCACCCUUGUGCGAUCAGGCAGAUUCCUGAAGAGGGUUUUUCUGAGGCUUAUAGGAACGAAGUGGGUCUUUUGAUUAAAAUGUACCUUUGCAAAAACAAGGGCUGAUGGAAAGUGGAAAGUGGGAUGGAAAUUAAAUGUUUACAAUGUUUGGUUCAUAAAUACUCUGAAUUUGAGAAAUGAAUAUUUGGACAGUUAGUUGAAAGGCAUAAAAUAUUAGAUCACCCACAUUGAGAGUGAAAUGAAACCUCUAAUUAAAGCUCCCACCCACAAAACAGAAACUGACUAAUUUAAAGACAGUGGAGAAUGCAGUUAUGCAUUUGUAAAGUUAUAAAGCAGGGCUAACCUACAACUGCAGGGUGAGGCUUCCUUGUGCUUUGACAUGGAAAAGGACAUUGUUUUUUGCGACUGGCAAUCAGCCUUUUGCAACUAGAUGGAGAUGUCCAGGAGCCACCCUUGGCACCUAGCGUCUCCACCUGUCUGGCUGCAGUCAGCUGGUCUGCUGGCCCAGCGGCAGCAAAAGACACACAUCCUUUUCUGUAGCACUACCCCUGCCAAACACCUAAUUUGCCCAGCAGUGCCACAGCAAGAGAUGCAUCUUUUGCUCCCAUGCUACCCUGCAGACCACAAAUUCACCCAGCAGAUUUUUUGGUUGUUGUUGUUACAGGGCUUCCUGGUCUGGGAGCAAGGCAGCAAAAAUAAAAGGGGGGGGGAGGAGCGCCUAGACAUUUUACUUUUAGACAGACCACAAUCUAGGUCCCAGGAGCCCCACGGCUCCUAACAUUCCUAUCCCAGAUCCUAACACUGGGUGUUAGGUUAGGGACAGGAAAUGGUUUCCUUCAAUAUGAUAUAAUUAUCCCCUUUUACUAUAGAGGGCCUAGGCUAAGUGCCUGCCCUCUUUUCCCCAAUGCCUCUCAGAGUGUCUUCUUCCCACCAAACUAUGAAAACCCUCUGAGGCUGCUGCUUCCCAGAACUUUACUGGGUGACAUGCCGCUGCCUACAGUUUCUUUCCUGGGCCAUGCUGCCCUUCCGCAGGCCUUCCUGAUGUUGCAUGGCUUGCUGCAAGGGCUGCCUGCACAGUUGGGAAGGACCCCAAGACCUAUAUCAAAGCUCCCUGGCUCUCAGACCACAGGUGCACCUUUUGCAGAUUUGAAGAGGUCUUGGCCUUCCUCUAGAGGAGCUUGGAACAAGCUCUCUGUUCUGUAGCUGAGCUGCUGGAAACUGUCGUCACAGCCCACCAGCCACCACAUACCUCUGAAUGCAUACGCCCAGCCAGCUGCUGUGUAGCAGCAGGGGAAAGAAUGACAUCCGUGGAACUGCCACCUCUUUGGAAAUGCAUGCAUUGGAUAUGGUCGAGCUUAAUCCCGUGUGUGGAAUUAACAACUGCAUAUAGAUACCCCUGACUCUUGGCUACGUCGCAGAUGCUGGCUUCCCCCCUUCCUUUCCCACUAAGUUGCCUGCUGUGUCUUCCAGCCAUGAAGGCAGGGAAGUUGGAAGAAAUAAAGCAGGCUGUCAUCUUUUUUACUUUCUGAACUGUUGCAUUCCGUACAGUAGGAAACAUUUCUCUGCUUCAUGACCAGCUCACUUUCCUCUCUGGAAAGAACACUGGGCUUCUGUCCUGGCUGCUGGCAGGCUGUCUCUGGGGCAUCAUGUUGUUGCUGCUUUCUGCACUGGCUGCUUGUUAGAGGCCGAAUUUUGCUUUCUGGGUUGGAUUUUGUUUCCUAUGUUCCCUUUAUGAGCAGCCCAGCAAGUUGGACUGAUUGUAGUCUGGUUUCUUUCUUUUUGCUUUCCUUUUUAUAGCACACCAUCACUUCUUCCCUUAUUUUGCUCCAUUGAUUUUGAAUGACAAAAACAUUAGCAGUUUCUCAGAUACUUAAAAUGAAGUGCUCUUUGAAAGCUUAUGGUGUUUGUGGUUUAAGAUGCUACAGAACUUUUUUUUUUGGCUGCAACAUGGGUAAUGUGGCUAAUUGUACAGAAUUUUGUACCACUGAAAACAGUACCACAGUGAAUAGCUAAGCUUGGUGUGGAGUAUGAAGAGAGCAAGUAGAAGCAUUUUUAGAUUUUCCCUUAAGAUUUUUUUGUGAAGUUCCAGAGAUUACAUAAACAUCAUGAUCUGGUUUAGGUUGAAGCAUAUAGUGAACAUUUGACGGGGGUGAUACCAUGUGCACGUGUGCAUGGAACAGCAAGUGCCUGGGUGUUUUCAUUCCAAAGUGCUUUUUUCAUUUGGGUGCUUUUUCUCUGGAUUUGCCAUCUUUUGUUUACUUACUUACUAUGGAGCAGCUACAUGAUUUUCAGAGUAAACCUUCAGCGUUCCGCCCCAUCAAUUUGUAGCUAAGAUAGGCUUUUUACUUCCAAUGCUUUGCAGGACUCAGAGGAAACGGCCUUAUUCCAAGUCAGACCAUUGAUCCCUGUAGCUCAGUAUUGUUGACUAUUAGCAGCUGUCCAAGGUUUCAGGUGGGUGUCUUUUUGGUAUUCUACCACCCAGCUAUGGCCCUUCCCACUAUUUAACCAUUGAAAAAAGCAAAUAAAAAAUAGAGGACAUGAGUAAUUUUAAGAUCUCCCCCUGCAGGAAGAAAAAGUGUCAUCAGGGAAAUUUCAAGGAGCAGAUCAGAAGUACAAUACUCAUCACGAAUCCCUAGCCCAGAUCAACAGGAAGCAAUAACAUAGGCUGAAUUUGCAAACAGAAUCCUUUCACUUAGCAACAUAAUGGAUCUUUGCUAAAUGGGAUAUACUUGCGAGUAGACACUAUAGAAAGAGCAUGGUUAGAAGGGCAUCUUUGUUGGGUAAUCUAGAAAGCUAUAUAGGACUGUGUGGACCACCUUUUAAUCCCAUGUCCAGGUUAUUGUAGAAAAUACUGCAUCAGCUGUGCUGAAGGGCUUUAAGGGAGAAGCACCUUCUGUUUCUCUUUACUUUCCUGCAGAGCUUCAACAGUACCAUGGGAUGAGCCAUGAAGAGCCAGUUCUCCUUAGACUACUGUAUUAUGCAGUAGGGUGUGGUCCUUACCAGCUGCUGGGAAUCCUUCAUGGGGAGAGUGCUGGCCCAGAAUGUGGCCUUCCUGUGGGGGUUGGUUUGGCCAUUGUGAAACAGGAGGCUGUGCUAGAUGGGCCUUUGGUCUGAACCAACAGGGAUUUCCUUAUGUUCUUAAUUUAAACCUUUGAAAAAAGUGUUCACUGAACCUCACUGCUACAUCCUGCAAAGAAUGGAUGAGAAGCUGAAGAAACCAUGUCCCUCUUUUCUCAUAGUUUAUUUAUUUAUUUUUACAAAAGACUUCCUUCUUAAGUCCAGCUCCUUGCAGCAAACAAAGAGAAGGAUGAAGAAGGGAGAGGUGGCUUCUGUUCCACAAGUUGGGCUUCAGAAGGAAGUGCCAUCAAUGUCUCACUGCUCCUGCUGUUAAGCUGUGGGUGAACAUAUCAGACGACACAGCGAUUCUUCAAACAGCUCUUGUUUAUUCAGAGGCAAGAACAGAACUGAACUGAAGGGCUCAGUCAGCCUGCUUAUAUAGAGCUCCAGUACAACGUUACUGUAGCAACUUUCUAAAACUAUCCAAUCACUGAACGUCACUUUCGAUCCUUCAUUUGCAUAACUAUCUACAGUAUCCCCCUGCUGGCCCAGGGUGAGAACUUCAGUACAUAACACCACUCCUCACCGAGAUAAGGCAUUAGUUACAAUCGUAAUGGUUUCCUUAUAUACAGCACUACACGUAAUGGUUCAAUUAGGCACAAAAGCAUAUCGGUUACAUUUCACAUACUUCCACAUACUUAGACCAACAGUGUUACAUGUCCAACAACAUAGUCCUUUAAAUAAGUUGGGCGCUUGGAAACUCUGCCAGACCACCGGGGACUGGUAGCCAAGUCCGGGGGGCCACCCAAUUCUUGCUGAGGCUGUGGUGCGACCCUAGGUGGCGUUGAAACAAAGUCCCCUGGAUCUGCUGCUGUGGGUGGAACCUCCGCAAGUGGAGUUGGCGGAAUGUCAGGCACGGCAAUGGUCUGCGUCUGUGGUAAGUCCGGCAGACCAUCUGAAGUGGCUUGGUUCAGCUCCACGCCGGCAGUUUGCGAGAGAGGUGUAGGUGGAGCCUCACCAUCUGUAAGUGUCUGUUCCGGAGCCAAGAGCGCAGUUGGGGGCACUGCUGUAGUGUCCAAGUCCCCAACCCUGCGCCUAAGCUGGUCUAUGUGCCGGUGCCACAAACGUCCGUCUUCGAGUGCCACCUGGUACGAGCGAGGUCCAGUGACUCCCACUACUGUGGCUGGCAUCCAAGGAAUGUCCCCCACAAAGUUCUGGGCAAAUACCUGGUUUCCUGGAACAAAUGACCGUGAUGCGUUGGCACAGCCUGGGGGUUCGGCCACGGCAAAGUCUGGGUGCAGCCGGUUGAGCGGGGACCCUAGGCGGAAGCCCAUAAGCAGUUUGGCAGGACUCUGCCCUGUGGCCGCAUGAGGGGUGAUGUGUUGUACGAACAAGUAUUCGGUGACCCGCUCGUGCCAGUCUCCCCAGUCCAGACGCGCCAGUGCCUCUUUUGUCGAGCGUACCAUUCUCUCUGCUUGCCCGUUGCUGGAUGGAUGAAAUGGUGCCGUUAGGGCAUGGCGGAUGCCCGGUCCCAAAAGGUACCGCUCAAAAGUGCCUGACGUGAACUGUGGUCCGUUGUCGGAGACAAGGACAUCAGGACACCCAUGCUUUGCAAACAGGCCUCGCAGCACCCGGAUGACCGCCUCGGUAGUGGGGAAGGGCAUCAGGGCCACCUCCAGCCAUUUGGAAUAGGCGUCCACCACCACCAUAAAGGUCCGGCCGUGAAAGGGGCCGGCCAGAUCGAUGUGCACCCUCAACCAGGGUGUCUUGGGCGUCUCCCAGGUGUGUCCCUUAGCUGCCGGUGGCGCAGGCCUCGAUUCUUGGCACGCUUGACAGGUGGAAACCCAGGCAGUGAUGGCAUUGUCCAUGUUAGGCCACUAGACAUAACACCGAGCCAACGCCUUCAUUUUGACGAUUCUUAGGUGGCCAACGUGCAGAGCCUCAAGGACGCGUUGACGGAGUCUUUGGGGAAUCACGACGCGGUCUCCCCACAGCAGACAGCUGCGAUGAGCCGAGAGUUCAUGUUGUCUGGUUGCGAAGGGCUGGAACUCCAAUGCAAAAGGCCCUUGUGGCCACCCCCUCCACACCCAGUUGAGCACACGGCUGAUGGUGCGGUCCUGGGCAGAUGCGGAGGCCACAGUGGCAGCCGAUACAGGCGCUGCAGGAAGAUCCUCAAUCAGGAGGAGUGAUGAAGCAGGAUCCUGGUCUUCCACAAAUGCUGGAAGAGGGCAACGGUUGAGGGCAUUGGCAUGGCCCAUCAAUUUCCCCAGGCGAUGGACGAGCCGGUAGUGGUAGGCAUGCGUGGCGAGAGGACCGGUGGAGUUGGACGAUCACCGGCGACUAGGCCCAGGAGUGGCUUGUGGUCGGUGAUGAGGUCAAAAGUCCUGCCGUAGAGGUAUUCAUGCAACCUCUUCACUCCAGCCACAAGUGCCAGUGCCUCCUUGUCAAGCUGGCUGUAAUUCUGUUCAGUCAGAGAUAGCGUCCUGGAAGAGUAGGUGAGCGGUGCUUCUUUUCCGUCUGGAAAACAGUGGCUAAGGACAGCGCCGAUGCCAAAAGGUGAGGCAUUGCAGGCAAGGACCAGCAGCCUGGCUUCACUGUACUGUACCAGCACACUGUCCGAUGAAAGGAGAGCCUUGACCGCCUUGAAGGCUGCCAUCUCCCGAUGACCCCAGGACCAAGGUGUCUUCGUGCUGAGGAGUCGGUGAAGAGGCUCAGCCACCGUGGCUUUGUGGGGCAGGAACAUGUUAUAAAAGUUCAGCAGUCCCAGGAACGCCUGCAACUCCGUCUUGUUCUUUGGGAUGGGGGCCUGCUGGAUACCGCGGAUCUUGGAUGUGGUUGGGUGAAGGCCGGAGGCGUCGAUAAGAUAGCCCAGGAACUCCACCUGUGGAAUGGCGAUCUGGCACUUCUCCCUCUUUACCUUGAGCCCGGCCUCCUGGAACCUGGUCAGCACGGCACGGAGGCACUCGAACAGCUGCUGGUGUGAGUCUGCGGACACCAAGACGUCAUCAAAAUAUGGCACCACGCCCGGAAGCCCUUGCAGGAGACGCUCCAUAAGCCUUUGGAAGAUGCCAGGAGCCACACUCACCCUGAACUGCAAACGGCGGCAACGGAAUGCCCCUCGGUAGGUGACGAUCGUCUGGGCUUCAGCAGUGGCAUCAUCGACGGGCAGUUGUUGAUAGGCUUGGGCAAGGUCCAGCUUAGCGAAGAUCUUACCCUCACCCAGGGAAUGUAGCAGAUGUUGGACAACAGGAACCAGAUAAGCGUGCUGCUGAAGUGCCUUGUUGAUUGUGCACUUGUAGUCAGCGUAGAUUCUCACCGACCCGUCUGGCUUGACAGGUGUGACGAUGGGGGUUUCCCACUUGGCGUGGUCAACCGGCUCCAAAACUCCUUGGGCGAUCAGCUUGUCCAGUUGUUCGUCCACCUUAGCCUUGAGAGCAAAGGGAACCUGGAGUGGCUUUAGCUUGAUGGGGGCGACUUGUGGAUCAAGGCUAAAGGAGAUGGGCCUACCUGUAUAUUGCCCCAAAGUGCCGUCAAAAACCUCGGCAAAGUCUUUGACCAGAGCCUCAGUCUCUGCGUUAGAGAUGCAGUUGAUGCCGGUGACUUCCAGGCCGAGGGCAUCAAACCAGUCUAGUCCUAGGAGGCUUGGCCGCUGACCUUCGGCCACUACCAGUCGGAGCAGGCCUGAAAAAUCCUUGAAGGCGAUCCGGAAUUGGCCAACGCCUACCACGGGAAUGUCGUUUCCCUGGUAGUCUCUCAGGUGUAUGCGGUGAGAGUCGAGUUGCCUUUUGGACACUCUGGGUACCAGUCUUUUGAUGGUGCUCCAAGACACAAUGGACAGGGCAGACCCGGUGUCGAUCUCCAUGUCACAUGGAGCUCCUUCAAUGAGCACCGUGACAUUCAGCUUGCGUCGCGUAGGCGAGUCGGUUUGGCCAAUCGUGGUUCCAGACGGGUAGCGGCAGUUGGUGAGAGCGAAACAGCUUUCCUUGGCGGACUGGAGUGAAGACUUAGACUUGCGAGUCGGUGAAGGGGGGGUGUCAGACGGAGCCGAUCGACAGACCUUAGCGAUGUGGCCCCUUCUGGAACACUUCCGACAGAUGGCGUCUCUGAAUCGACACUUGGCACGGGAAUGGUUGCCUCCGCAGCCGGCACAUUCUGAUUGGCCCUUGGACUUCUUUUGGAACUUCAUGCACUCCCACUUUGUCUGGUGCAUGUCAUCGUCUUCACUGGAGGAUGCCUCAUCACUGCUGGCCUCUUCAUGAUGCACUGGAACUGGCUUCCUAGCAAGACGCGGGCUGCUGGGUGAGAACUUCAGUACAUAACACCUGCCUUCUAUGAAAUCCUGAAGAGCCUGAGAAGCAGUGGCCCCUUAUUUUCUCUAUGGGUAGCAUGUGGCAGGGAGGGAAGGUUGUUUGCAGGAGGGAGCAGCAUGAGGCACUGCUGCUGCCUUUCCAAGAGAGAAAUCCUUUGUCCUUCCCACCUCCCAGAGGGACAUGUAGUUUUUUGCACUUCCCAGUUGGGCUUUGUUGUGAGGUGCUGCUUCUGCAAAACCCAGAACAAGGGCAAAGCCACUGUCUUCCCUGAAUUCUAAGCAUGUGAUUUGUGUCCCAUGAAAUGGAGGGUUAAUAGCAGCCAUUAAGUUAAGUUAAAUUAUGGAACUAAAUUUGUGAAAGAUGGAAAGGACUUGCUAGAAUAUUUAAUUGAACUAGAAUACAAAAAAGGAGGUGUGAGGAAGUCGAGGAAAUAAGCUAAUGAAAGAUAAGGAUAUGAAAAUAUGGGGUUCUUUUGUAUGUUUGUUUGUUCUCUUUUGGGUUUUUUUUUAAUGCUUUUGUUUUCUUUUCUUUUUUUAUUGUUGAUGUUUUGUACUGCUGUAUUUGAUUUUGUUUUUGAGGCUUUGUAACUGUUUAUUGUUUAUAUUUCUCUUUUGUUUUUCUUUUCUUUUUUGCAAUGUUUAAACUUUAAUAAAUAUUUUAUAAAAAAAAAAAUAGCAGCCAUGACUAAUGAAGCAGUGGUGAUGAUGUGUGACUGUGGCAACUCCUGCAGCACUACUAUGGCACGAUGUAUAUGCGUGCAGCAGCAAGCAUAUUCUCCUGUAAAUAUGUAAUUAUAACUUAGAAGAACCCUGGGUCCUGCAGUCUUUCUAAACAGCAAACACCUUCCCGUGGGUGCUGGGUGGGGAGAGAGGAAACCGUAAGUGGCAGACAGCCAUCAACCCUGCCAUCCUAAUCAACUUGUCUGGACUAUGUCACAAGCGGCUUAUCCUCACUCACUUGGCCACAGUGUCAACGGCUGGUUUGAAAGCAAAAUAAAAAUAGAGGUUGGUUUUAUCACACUGGUAUGUCCAACCUCUGGACAGUUUCAUCCAGCAGCUUCAUUUGGCAUCCCAGAAGUGAUAGCACUGAUACUUUCAGGACAUUUCCAAAGUAGCACAGAAACUUGGCCAACAUGGUCUGUGGGGGCAACUUAACUUUUAAAACUCUGUUUCUUUCAAGAUUCCACAAGCAGUUUGCCAGAAUUUGCCACCCUAAAGUAUUAAAAACUGCUGAGAGUUCUAAAGACCAUAAUGCAAUAAUGAUUUGUGGAUCUUGUGAGAUUUGUGAGAGAACAUAACAUAGCGGAUAAUUUGUGAGACUGCAGCUGCCUCCCUCCCUCCCUCCCUGCCACUUCCAUGGGUCCAUUUACAACCAACUGCCCACAGAGUGUGAAAGUAAUAUGUACAUAUCAGCAUAUUUGCAUUGAGAAGUACAAUGCCUAUGGACAUAAAGGUUGUGUUUGUCUGCAAUAGUGACUAGCCAUUGGUAGGCCUCUACUCUAGGAACUCUUCCUUUAAGAACAUCUAAGCUAGUGGUGAUAACUACGGUACUUCUUGGGGAAGUGACUUCCCAAAGGAAUUGGAUUCCUUGGGUAAGAAGCUGGAAGUAGACCAGGAAGCAUCUGAAAUUUUGUUAGUAGAAAAUCUGCCUCUGUUUGGAUUCCUGCGGAGGGUGGGGUCUUUGCUUUGAGUGAGGCAGUUGACUUUGGAUGGCCCCCAUGGGCACCAUGCCUUUCUGAGGAGGAAGAGCUGUAAGUCUGAUUCAUUUCCUCUUCUUCUUCAGUGCUUUCACUGUCAUACUAUUGAGGACAAGUUGAACUGUCAAGGAAUUACAGAGAGACUAGGCAGGAUAUGAAGGAAAUCAUAGAAUCAUAGAGUUGGAAGAGACCACAAGGGCCAUCGAGUCCAACCCCCUGCCAAGCAGGAAACACCAUCAGAGCACUCCUGACAUAUGGUUGUCAAGCCUCUGCUUAAAGACCUCCAAAGAAGGAGACUCCACCACACUCCUUGGCAGCAAAUUCCACUGUUGAACAGCUCUUACUGUCAGGAAGUUCUUCCUAAUGUUUAGGUGGAAUCUUCUUUCUUGUACUUUGGAUCCAUUGCUCCGUGUCCGCUUCUCUGGAGCAGCAGAAAACAACCUUUCUCCCUCCGCUAUGUGACAUCCUUUUAUAUAUUUGAACAUGGCUAUCAUAUCACCCCUUAACCUCCUCUUCUCCAGGCUAAACAUGCCCAGCUCCCUUAGCCGUUCCUCAUAAGGCAUCGUUUCCAGGCCUUUGACCAUUUUGGUUGCCCUCCUCUGGACACGUUCCAGUUUGUCAGUGUCCUUCUUGAACUGUGGUGCCCAGAACUGGACACAGCACUCCAGGUGAGGUCUGACCAGAGCAGAAUACAGUGGCACUAUUACUUCCCUUGAUCUAGAUGCUAUACUCCUAUUGAUGAGGCUCAGAAUUGCAUUGGCUUUUUUAGCUGCCGCGUCACACUGUUGGCUCAUGUCAAGUUUGUGGUCAACCAAGACUCCUAGAUCCUUUUCACAUGUACUGCUUUCAAGCCAGGUGUCACCCAUCUUGUAUUUGUGCCUCUCAUUUUUUUUGCCCAAGUACAAUACUUUACAUUUCUCCCUGUUAAAAUUCAUCUUGUUUGUUUUGGCCCAGUUCUCUAAUCUGUCAAGGUCGUUUUGAAGUGUGAUCCUGUCCUCUGGGGUGUUAGCCACCCCUCCCAUUUUGGUGUCAUCUGCAAAUUUGAUCAGGAUGCCUUUGAGUCCAUCAUCCAAGUCGUUGAUAAAGAUGUUGAAUAAGACCGGGCCCAAGACAGAACCCUGUGGCACCCCACUAGUCACUCUUCUGGGACCUGCAGGUCUAGAGCGCCAGUGUGGUGUAGUAGUUAAGAGCGGUGGACUUGUAAUCUGGGGAACCGGGUUCGCGUCUCCGCUCCUCCACAUGCAGCUGCUGGGUGACCUUGGGCCAGUCACACUUCUCUGAAGUCUCUCAGCCCCACUCAACUCACAGAGUGUUUGUUGUGGGGGAGGAAGGGAAAGGAGAAUGUUAGCCGCUUUGAAACUCCUUAGGCUAGAGAUAAAGCGAUAUAUCAAAUCCAAACUCUUCUUCUUCUUCUUCUUCUUCUUCUUCUUCUUCUUCUUCUUCUUCUAGUUUACAGCCAGAAAAGCAUUUGAUGUCUCAGCUUUUGAGAGGAGUUGAAUAGUGGGCCUUAGCACUGUUUCUUCUGCUCCUGCUCCCCAGACCUGCCUAUUAGUGCAGUGGCUAGCUAACCCCAUGGCAAUUGUGCCAUGGGGUUGAAAUUUGGUGUUUUUAUUCCAAGGCUCAAAAUGGCUUGUCCCUAUUUUUCCAGAGCAUGUGGAUUUCUUAGCCACCAAAAUGUGUAGUCACCCUGGAGACCGGACUCUGCCACGUUGGCCACAGCUUUUGGUAUGUGAGAGCAAAGGCCGCAUGCGUCUUCUCCUUUGCUUGAGGUUCUGCCUCUGGUGUUUGAUGUGAGGCAAAUGGGCCAGGAAGGAAGGCUCCAUUUCGCCUGUUAUCCUAUGCACAAGAGAGAGUUUUAGUGCGCUCCCUGGCAGCUGAUAAUGUUGCAGUCAAGCUGGAAAGCCUAAGCAUGUAUGCUCUAAUUCGAAAAUAGCCUAAAAUAUUAAAAGGCAGAUACCUGAUCCACACAAUGUCAGGGAGGACUUCAGUUCUAAGAGUAACUGAGAUGGCAGCUGCUGCUUUGUUGCGUUCUCUCCCCCUGCCCGGUUGGUGCUUGGGGUACACUGGCUGUACACGUUCUCUGCUGCUGAUAUGGGAGAUGCCAGUGGCUAUUGCUGUUGAGUGUCAGCAAGAGGAUGGUGCUGAAUGUGCUAUCAGGGUGUUUUUUUUCUUCUCCCUGUCAGGAUACCAACACCAAAGUAAUUUGCCUGAGGUUCUGAGCUAGGGUUACAUGGUGUCUGAACCUCUUGAGCUUUCAGAGUCACUUUGCUUUUGUGAUGAAGCAACUAUUCUGUGUUUACAAAUGCCAUGACAGCAAACCAUGUUGGGAAUCUCAGGUGAGAUACACUUACAGUGAAGUUGCUCCCAGUUUGCACACUCAUUCAAGGAAUAACAAUUUCAGGUUUGUUCCAAAUCUAUUAAAUAUUUAGGUAUGUUAAUGUCAAGAGAUGAAACACAGUUAGUUACAGUUCAUAUGAAUAAAUUAAUAAAAGAGGCUUCUUCCGAUAUCGAUAGGUGGGAGUCAUUGAACCUUACCCUUUGGGCAAAUGCUCUCAAAAUGAAUAUUAUUCCCAGAUACAUUUAUAUCUUGAUAAGACUUCCAGUUUUUAUAUCUGGAUCAUAUUUUCAAAAGAUAAACUCAUUGUUCAUUGAAAUGCCUUUGGGGCUCAGCAGCACCAAGAAUAUCCUUGCAGAGAAUGCAGCUACAAAUUAAAGAAGGCGGUUUCGAAAUCCCAAAUUUGGAAUUACAUAAUUAUGUUUACCUACUGUCAAGUACUAAAUAUUGGAAUUCCACUGUUGGCCAUAAUUUUCCAAUGUGGGCAACGCUAGAAUAUAUGUACGUAGCACCUUUGGUUGGUUGGACAAUACUAGGAUUAAAAUAUCUGAAAUGUCAGGGGACUCUGGAAACAAUUAAAUCACAGAAGAAUAUGGAAUACAUUGGCUAAUAAAAACAAAUUAGUUCCAUUUUUACAUGCUAAACUUACCCUGUGGGGAAACUUACCCUGUGAGGAAGAUUAAUUUUAUGCUUUUGCUGUUUUAAGACAAAAAUAUCACCUAUCAGAUGCAGCUCAAUGACAAUAUCUUCAAGUACAACAUCUCCUAACAAGUGUGUUUGAGCCAUCACCCCUUUCAGCUUCUGAGACACCUGAAAUAUUGGAGCAAUUGGACAACUAUUCAAAAAUAAAAAGCCAGCAAUUACUUUUUAUAGAUAUCUAUUAACAAUACACAAAUUCAAUAUGCAGACUGCAAGAGAUGAUUGGAAUAAAGAAUUGGAAUUUUCAAUAUUACUCACAGUGGGAAAAUGUUUUAAAAUGUUUUAGCUUCAAUACCCAAGGUGUCAUUAGAUUUAAAAUUAAGACUAAUACAUCAGAAAAUAAUAUUUAGAGUUUUUUGGACUCCUUUACAGUUGUAUAAAAAAGGGGUAGCUAAGAUAGCUAAGUGUUGGAGAUGUGGCAAGGACAAUGCCUCUCUGAAACACAUGUUUGUACAGUGCUCUUUACUUAACAAGUUCUAGGAGAAAAUGCUGGACUGUGUAACUAUGACUAUGCAGAAAAAGUUAAAUCUUUCAGUGGAUAAUAUUUUAUUGAACUAUAUACCUGCUGUAUGGAAAUUUUCAAAGGGAGAAUGGAAAUGGAUUUUCUGUGCCCGAAAGGUGGCCAAGAGAUUGAGGAAUUGGAAAAAUGAAGCUUUGAUACCAUUCAAUCAAUGGACUGACGAUAUGACAUCACUGACAAUUUAUGAACAGACUGCUGACAGGUGCAUAAAUAAAUAUGGAUAAAUACGAUAACAUUUGGAAUGAGUUUAUACAAAAUGCAGUAGGCUAUUAAUAUUUACAUAAGCACUAGGACAAUAACACUAUGCCAAUUUAUAUAAGAAUGUAUGGGAAUAUUGUAUAUUGCUUCCCCCCUCCAAAUUCCCACUUUUAUAUGUAUCUUUGUUGUUGUUUUUGUCCCUCUCACUCUUCCUUUUUUCUGUAUCACUAUAUUUCUUUUGAUUGAAAUCACCCUAAUAAAAUAUAAAUAUUUAAAAAGUUGCUCCCAGUUCCAGUAACCACAUGGAAGCAGCUUAAGGUCCAAAUAGUUUUUACUGUUGCAGAAGAUAAGGCUUAGUAAAACUGUUCUGGACGUGGAUAUAUACAACUUGUAGGCUUUUGCAGAUACAGAUAGAUAUAUAUAUAUAUACACAUAUAUAUACAGAUAUGUAUAUAUCGAUACAUACAAUUACAAAGUAUCUCCAUUGCUCCAGAUAAACUCCAGCAAUGCUUGACAACUAACACCAACAGACGGAUGACUCAUAGACUAACAAACAUUACUGAACUGACAUACAUUAAUCACAGAUAUAGUUGGGGCACUGGGCUGUUAGCAAAGCAACUGGAAUGGCUAAUCUUUCACAUCCAUGGGGUGAUUUACACUUAUGAAGGAAAGCAACCCCUUCUCAUGUCCAGUUAUUCCAACAAGCAUUGCAAGCAAAAGCAAUUUAAGAAUUUCCAAAAAGGAAGGGGUUGAACUUGAAAACAGAGAGAUUCUUUUCAGUGAUCUAGGAUUCACCCCAAUAUCUUAACUGACUUGAACACAAACUUGAAUUAAACCUCUGCAAGUCAGAUACUGGUUUAACAGUGAAUGAGGUUAAGGUGCUUCAGUCCCCAAGAGAGAAAGGAAGAAAGGGGGUUCAUAUUAUUUUUUCUGAGACGCUAUUGCAGCAGCAGCAAGAGGAAUAGAGGAUAGAGGGUUCUUCAACUGGUACAGUGGUACCUCUGGUUACAAACUUAAUUUGUUCCGGGGGUCCGUUCUUAACCUGAAACUGUUCUUAACCUGAGGUACCACUUUGCCUAAUGGAGCCUCCUGCUGCCACUGCACCACCGCCGCGCAAUUUCUGUUCUCAUCCUGGGUCAACGUUCUUAACCCGAGGUACUACUUCCAGGUUAGUGGAGUCUGUAACCCAAAGUGUUUGUAACCCGAGGUGUUUGUAACCCGAGGUACCACUGUAAUUCUGUCUAUUUUUCAACUGCCUAGGUAGAGGACUGUCCACUGGGACAGCAUCUAGCAACUGGGUCCUGGAAGCAGUGUAGGAUUGAAGGGCAUUACAACACUUUUCUAGCUACCCAUUCCUUGUGGUUGUCCCCAUGGAGAGCUCUGGAAAGAAAGGUGUGACUUCUCUCCCACAUGCUUGGCUCUUACAAGAGGUGCAAAAAGUCCACAGAGAGAAAUGGUCCUCCUUUUCUCUCUCUUGUUCUCCAUGUUUGCUCUUGCAUCUCAGCAGGAGAAACACAAAAGAUGUCUCCUCUCUCAAAGUGAGGUUGAAGAAGAAAGAAGGAAAUGAGGCCCUUAUCCCUAAGAGUAUCAGUCUAGACUGGAGGGAAGGUCAGCCCAGGUUAGGUCAGAAAGGUCAGUCUAGGAAACUUGGCAGUUCCUCUUUCGAUCUGCUCUGUCCUAGGCAGACACAUCAGCCUCCAGUGCAAGCUGAGUUGCAUCCCAGUCUGGGGGGAGCAUCUCAUGCCUUUUCAAGAUGAACGGAAUCUGGGACAGGAAAAGAGGGCAAAGGGUUCACCCCUCCUGGCAGUAUCCAAAUUGCCCUCCCUGCCUCUUCUGCACAUGAAUUUGCCUUGCCUUGCUCUGCAUUUUGCUUCUCAGGCUUUGAGAAGCAGAUGCAAGGCUUCUGACAGGAUCCUGCAGGCCUCCUGCCUCCUCUGAGGUGGGAAGUGCUUGCCUGGCUUGGGGAAGGAAGUGGGAAGGCUCUUGGACCCUGCCAGAGCAUUUCGCCUCCCUCCCUAAGCCAGGCAGAAGCUUCCUGGGCUUUGGGAAGAAGGCACAGGGCUCUGAUUUAGGGAAAGAAAAAGGUCUCUGAACUGCGUUCUGGAGCGUUCUGCCAGAAAAAAAGCGCUGGGCGUGGUGUUUGGCAUGGGGAGCCAGUUUGUAGGUAUCUGAAAGUUCAUAUUUUGAUUACAUGUUUUCUUGUUUCUCUGCUGUGCAGCUGAGAAAGUAACUUCGUUGGGAAAGGACUGGCACAAGUUCUGUUUGAAAUGUGAGCGCUGCAACAAGACCCUGACUCCUGGUGGGCAUGCUGAGGUAAGAGUCCCACUGGACAUGGCCUGCUGCAUUGGGGUAGUUUCUGGGAGCGCUUGCCUUUGAUCUGUUAACUGGGUGGACAUAUUUUAGCCAAUAGCCUCUCUUCUGAAUUCUGCCAACAAAGUGUUUACCCUCAAGAUGUUUGGGGCAAUUGUAGUGUCAUGCAGGAUAAGGUGUUCCAGCUCUUCACAGUCACAAUUACCCAGAGGAACAAUUGGGGCAGCACCUCCCAGUCUGUGAGGCUCCAGCGCAGUAGGCGCUUUCCAGUUCACAGGGUUGUGUGGGAUUUGUUGCAUGUUAAGAUGGGCUUCCAAUUUCACUUUGCACAAGGAUAGUUCAUCAGAUGUAUCUUUUCAGUGGCAGACAAGAAACAGGAACGACAAAUUAGAAAGGAAAGAAAUGAUUCUACCUAAUUCUGUGUUGCCUGAAAGCAAAAGCUUUUCAUUUUUAUAUUUUUUUUCUAAGUUUCUGUGCCAUUUCAGAUACGUUUAUGAAAUGAUUUAUGCCUAUCUUUCCCCCUUUCUGUCUGUACGUGUAAAUACUCCAUUUGAAUCUGGAGGGUGGUUCCUCUUGUUGUUCCUUCUAAAAACUAAAUAAGGAGGUUAAAUCAUACCUUAGACAAUAUCUUGAUUAAUUAUAAAAAUAUUUCUACCUUGAACACUGUAUCCAUACAUGGGGAUACAAGGGCAGUUCACAAUUCCAGUAUAAACAAUAAAAUCAUCAAAAUCAUUACAACACCUUAAUAAACAACAAAGCAGCAGCAGCAAUAACAAAAUGUUAGAGCAGCCACAGAGUAGAGCAUUUAAAUCACCUAGCAUUCCAUUAAAGUGCAAGGCAAAACAAAUGCAUUGGCCUCCAGUGGCACCUUCUGCAGGCUGGGUGCAAUUGAGAAGUAGGCCGCACUGUGGGUGGGCACAGAGCAGAACAGGCACGGAGUGCAAUAAGCCUCAUCCCACAAGCAUGGUUUGCCAUGUUUAGCUUUACUGGGCAGUGUAAAGACAAAAAACCCUGAGAGUGGCUGACUAUAGAGGAGGGAAGCAGGAUGUUGUACAGUCCUUGGGCCUCCCCCAUUGCGUGGGGGCCCAGGCGCUGCCCAGCCAGCUCCCUCCCUCGAGGCUGCUGCUGCUGCUCCAAAGUGCUUGGCAUAUGCUCCUAAGCCUAGACUUCGAGUCAUUGUAAAUUGUUGGAAGGUGACUUCUACUCUUCCUUCCCACUUGGGAACCAGAAAUUAUUAUUGCUUCAGCUCUUCUGCUCCUGGCCUAGGGGCACUUUGCCUCCGUCAGCUCAAGCAAACACCAUUUAUUCCCCAAUUAAUGUUGUAGCAGAAGGAAAGUGUAUCUGGGUACUGUAUCAAGUGUGCCCACAUAGAGAGCUGUAGGUAGGAAUCAUCUGCUUUCAAGGCAUGAGGUUCCCCAUUAUGUGAAAUCUGAGAAAAGUGACUCACCCGAGAAGCACUUUCUCUCUGAAGGUGUGUCUUAGCCAGCACACUGGAGUGCUUCCAGGGAGCUGGGAAGUUUUCUUCCUGACUGCACCACGUCCCACACUUGGAGGAGUCACACCCAGCAAUUUUCUUUCCGUGCUUCACGUGGUGGGUGAGCUUCUCUCUUGUCUGCUAACUGAUGACAAGCCUGCUGUUGCUACUGGAAGGAUGUUUUCUCAAGCUGUAUUUGCUUUUCCUUCUAUGGAAGUACAAGCAGUGCAUUCCUCGCAUUAAGGGAGAAAUAUGUUCAUGCCUUAUCACCAUUUCCUCUCACAAAUUGACUCCUGUUGACAGUUAAGUGCAGAUACUGCCAAUAUUGUUUGCUAUGCCUGUGAUGUUCAUGCUAGAGCAACACGGCACAUUUACGUAGGUACUAGAGCACUGAAUGAAACCUAAUGAACAACUAAACAUGCAAUACCUGAAUACAUCCUCAUACAUAUGCAUCUCAAAACCUCAAUAUAAACAAGUAUAGACAUGUUCCUUCUAUGUGGAAAUAUGAUACUCCUGUCACUAAAAAUUGUGGAUGAUUGACAAAUUCUCAUCUUCCAUUUGUUAUAAGCAUAUGAAAACACACAUGUAACAUCUGAAAAGGCCCAUGUCAAAAAAUUGCUGCUUUACAGCAUAAUCUGUUAUUGCUGAAUUAUUUGCUUUGUUCAUCUGUUUAUAAAACUUAAUAAACACAGUUUAAAAAAGAGAGGAACAGGAAAGGUGCUGGUUUGCUGAAAGGUUAUUCUGGUGCCCCAGGGCGAUGAGGAGGCAGGGAGAGAACAAGCCUCUUUCUUCUCGCUGCAAGCUGCUGCUACUGCUGCUUGCCAGAUGAGUAAAAGGAAGGAUAUUUGGCAGCUGGUGCAGACGGCUUUGGUAGGCCUGCCAUAUGAAAGGCGGCGCUUUGUCCUGGAUCUUAGGCAAGUCAAUCAGAUUUUUUGCCAGCUUAGAUUUUGAUGUGAGCUGGAUAAUUCAGUUGACUUCAAAAGCUUGCAUUUGAUAUUUGAUAUUUUGAUUUGAUUUUUUUAAAAAUGCUUUAUUGGUUUUUUAAAAAAAACUACACAACACAAAGUACCGGUAAUCAACAGAAAGAAAAAAAUAAACAAACAUUCAUUCCAUAAUUAGCGCUUGUUGUAGGUAAGUUUGUAGUUGGUUUCCACAUGACCUCUGGUCCCUGCAUUGUGGUUCCCAAAUUACGUUAUUUUUACUACACACUAAGCUUUAUCUCUUCUAGGUUAUUUUGAUAACAUUGCUUUUAUAAAGUUCUCUUGUUACACGCAGAAAGUCAAUCCAGACCUGCCAACGGAUUUAUGUUUUUGCAAUGUUCUUUUAAAUAAACUGUACACAUCCCACUCUCUAUUAAAUUUUUGAUCAGUGACAUCUCAAAACCUUGCUGAUAGUCUGGCUAGUUCUGCAUAUUCUUGCAUUUUGUUUUGCCAGUAUAGCUUGGAUGGGAUAGCAUCUCCUUUCCAACCCUUUGCAAUUAAAAUUCUAGCUGCUACUGUAGCAUACAUGAAAAUUAUCCUAAAUUUGUUUGGAAUUUAGUUGUUCAUUGUUCCUAGCAGGAAGGCUUCAGGCAUCUUGGGGAAAGAACAUUUUUUUUAUGUUUGUUGUAAAUUAUCUCCCAAAAUUCUCUAAUUCAGGGGUCGGCAAACUGUGGCCCGGGGGCUGGAUGCGGCCCACCAGGCUGGUAAAUCCGGCCCAUGGACCCUGCCGCCCGCUCAGUUGGUCCCCAGGCUGAGCUAAACCGGUGUGGCGUUUCAUUGAAAAGAAGCCACGAACACCUUGCCGUGCGCGAGGACUGACUUCUGCAAUGCUGGCACGGCUUUGGAUUGGCUGCAGAAAGCUCCUGCAGCCAUUCCGAAGCCUCGCCGCCCGCACGCUGAGGUAAAACUGGCAUUGUGACGGGCGCAUCACGGCUCGGCGCUGCUGCUGGUGGCUCACUCAGUGGCCGCGCUGGAGCAGCUUGAGGGUGAGCUGUGCGCGGCCUGCCCGCCAACCUGGCCUCAGACGACGGGCUGCAGCACAUGGUGCACGCCGCCUGGGAGCUCCGGGCGUACGGGCUUGUCAAGAACGCCGGUGAGUGGGCAGCGCCGAGACGCGCUCCUGAGCGCAUGCAGAGUGCGUUCCUCCUCCAGGUCUGGAGGCAGCUGUGGGACCGGCUUGCAGGGUAUUUAUAUUUUUCAAAAUAUAGUCUGGCUCCCCACAAGAUCUCAGGGACGGUAGACUGGCCCCCUGAGGAAAAAGUUUGGUGAUGCCUGCUCUAACUCUUUUACAGUUUCCCCACAUGUGGAUUAUUGUGCCUUCUGCCUCCCUGCAUUUCCAACAGGUGUUUGGCCUAGAUUUAAACAUUCUGGCCAGUUUGACAGGUGUUAAAUACCACCUGUAGAGCGUUUUCAUGCAAUUUUCCUUUUAAAUCAUAACAUGCAGUGAAUUUUAAAUUUUCCCACCCAAGCCUCUCCCAUGAUUCCAUUUGGAUAUUAUAGCCAAAGUCCCUAGCCCACUGCACCAUUACGGAUUUUACUUCUUCCUCCUUGUCCUCCCAGUCAAGGAGGAGCCUAUACAUUUUGGAGAAUAAAGGUAAAGGGACCCCUGACCAUUAGGUCCAUUCGUGACCGACUCUGGGGUUGCGGCGCUCAUCUCGCUUUAUUGGCCGAGGGAGCCGGCGUACAGCUUCCGGGUCACGUGGCCAGCAGGACUAAGCCACGUUAGCGAAGUUCGUAACCCUAAGCAUUUGUAACCCAAGGUACCACUGUAUAAUGAUUUCCUAAUCACAUGGUUUGAGAAACCUUUAUGCACUUUGGCCUUCUCAUAACCUAGAUAAGCAUGCCAGCCAUAUCUAUUAUCAAACCCUUCUAGGUCCAGUCUUUUUUAAUGUCAUCCACUCCUGUAUCCUGGAAAGGCAAGCUGCUUCAUGAGACAGUUUCAGAUCCGGUACUGCAAACCCUCCCCUUUCUUUUAUAUCGAUUAAUAAUUUGUGCUUUAUACUAGGUUUUCUGCCAUUCCAAUAAUAAUAAUAAUAAUAAUAAUUUUUAUUUAUACCCCGCCCUCCCCAGGCUGGGCUCAGGGCAGCUAACAAGCAAUAAUAAAAACAAGUUGAAUGAAUACAACUUAAAAACAAGAUUAAAAUACAAGAUUAAAAUACUGAAACAUUAAAAUAUUAAAAUGCAGCCUCAUCACAGGAGGAGAAAAGGAAAAAGGAAAAAGAAAGAGGGGGAGGGAAUCAAAUUGGCUCCAAGCCAAAGGCCAGGCAGAACAACUCUGCCUUACAGGCCCUGCGGAAAGAAAUCAGAUCCUGCAGGGCCCUGGUCUCAUAAGGCAGAGUGUUCCACCAGGCCGGAGCCAGUGUUGAAAAGGCCCUGGCUCUGGUUAGGCUAAUCUAACUUCCUUAGGGCCCGGGACCACUAGGGUGUUGCUAUUUAUGGACCUUGAGGUCCUCUGUGGGGCAUACCAGGAGAGGCGAUCCCAUAGGUACGAGGGUCCAAGGCCGUGAAGGGCUUUAAAGGUCAAAAGCAGCACCUUAAAUCUGACCCUGUACUCCACCGGGAGCCAGUGCAGCUUGAAAAGCACUGGGUGAAUAUGCUCCCAUGGCAGAGACCCCGUGAGGAGCCUCGCUGCAGCAUUCUGCACCCGCUGGAGUUUCUGGGUCAGCUUCAAGGGCAGCCCCGUGUAGAGUGAAUUAUAGUAGUCAAGCCUGGAGGUGACGGUUGCAUGGAUCACUGUGGCCAGGUCAGGGAAUAAUAAAUCUUAAUAUAUCCUUCUGGCAAUCUUUGAAGCAGCUCGCUGUUCCUAUAACCGGGAUGAGUUGAAACAAAAAGAUCAUUUUUGGAAGCACACUCAUUUUUAUCAUGGAAAUUCUUCCCCAAAAGGAGAUAUUUAGCCUAUUCCAGAUUUCCAGUAUUGUUUUUUAUCUCCUUCCAGGUGCUGGCAUAAUUAGCCUGAAAUAAAAUUGGUGUUCUUCACUGUGAGCCAUAUGCCCAGAUAUUUAACCUUUUUGCUAAUUUCCGGGUCACAGAAUUCGUGUAUUUCACUUUUUUCCUGGGCUUCCAUAUUUUUGGAUCAAUAAUUUGACUCGAACUGAAGGAUACCAAACAGUCUCCCAGCCGCUUGUUGGCUUUGCCACACUAGAUUUUACUCUGAAUAUUUUUUCAGUUCCCUUAAGUAUUUUGCCUUCUUGUAGCUCUAACCACUUGGCUAGCUCCUUAUUAAUUUGCUCAUCUAUAAUCUCUUCAGUCUCUUAGGGGAUACCUCUCAAUCUCAGAGUCAACUCAAUUAAUUUGGCAUUUUGGUCGAUUUUAUUUCCCAUCCUUUCAAGUUUGUCAUCUAUUAUUUUGGUGUUCUCAUUCAUAUCUUUUUUCAUCUCUAAUAUGUCUCACUUGCUUCUCAUUUGAGGUGAGAUGCUUUUUGAGCCCCCAUGUGCCCUUCUCCUUCAUAGAAUCAUAGAAUCAUAGAGUUGGAAGAGACCACAAGGGCCAUCGAGUUCAACCCCCUGCCAAGCAGGAAACACCAUCAGAGCAUUCCUGACAUAUGGUUGUCAAGCCUCUGCUUAAAGACCUCCAAAGAAGGAGACUCCACCACACUCCUUGGCAGCAAAUUCCACUGUCGAACAGCUCUUACUGUCAGGAAGUUCUUCCUAAUGUUUAGGUGGAAUCUUCUUUCUUGUAGUUUGGAUCCAUUGCUCCGUGUCCGCUUCUCUGGAGCAGCAGAAAACAACCUUUCUCCCUCCUCUAUGUGACAUCCUUUUAUAUAUUUGAACAUGGCUAUCAUAUCACCCCUUAACCUUCAUGUUUGGCUAGUACCAGCAACUCUUCUGGGAACUGGAACGGCCUUUCUCUUUUGAAGUCCACAGGAGUUAGAACUCCUUGUUCUCAUCACUACUGUCUAUAUGUGUGUGUUUUUUGUUCUUUUUGCCAUGCCUUUGCUCUAACUUUGUGAUUUUCUAAAUAUCCCUGAAAACUGUGUGCGUAUUUUAUGUUCUCAGUAUCUGUUAAAAAUAUUGAUGUAUUGUUUUUAAAUUUUACAACAAGCACUUUGUGAGUGGAUGGCAAAUUUAGAAUCUCAAAUAAAAUAACAAAACCUUUUGGCAUCUCCAGAUUCUUUAUAGACUCAAGUUCACAUGAAAUAGUCAAUGCCCUCCCUUUAUGAUUUAGUGAUUUAUCAGCCUUCAGUGAACAAUUGCUUAAAACUAAUAAUCUUUUCUUAACACUGGCUAAUCUAACAGUUGCCAUUUCUGUCUUAGCACGAUGGAAAGCCGUAUUGUCACAAACCCUGUUACGCAACAUUAUUUGGACCAAAAGGUAGGUUUCUCUUUCCGGGUGGUUUGACCGUUUCAACUCCAGACACAAAUGCUGAUCUCUCUCUCUCUCUCUCUCUCUCUCUCUCUCUCUUACCUUCUCAUCACCAAAGCCAACUAGAGACAUCACUUUUGAGUUUAUAUAAUGUCUGUCUUCACAUAUCUCUGGUGUGGCACACCUUGUGGUUUGAGGUGUGCCCUAUUUUAAAUAGGAGCAACAUUGAGCAGAGCAAAACAUUACAUGUAAACUUGUGGAACAGAGAAGUGCUGAGGUGGAUGUUCCACUCUUUCCCUGCUACAACUACCCAAGUCCUAUUCCCCCACCCCCAGUGUUUCUGCCUCAUGAAUGAAAUAAGAAGUGAAAAAUACUGCAUGCUUUUGAUUAUUAUCCCAGAGGCAGGGAUGCUCUUAAGACAAUGACUAAACCAGCCUCCUUAAUAACGACGUGGUCUGGCCCUCAGGCAACUCCUCCCCGUGCCUGGGAUCACUGGGAUCAGGUGUCCCAGUGCAACCCCCGUAGUGGAACCAGCUCCAGCCAUUCUGUUGACUAGGGCCCACUCCCAAGGCAGCUCUGACCUUCUCCCCUUAAAAACAGAUUAACUUAUACAAACUACAAAAUAAACCAAUAGGAAAUAAUGAAAGCAUGAAAUGCAUGUUAACAUUUGCUGUUAGGGGACUUCCUUGGGUUUAGGAAUUGAGCUCUUAUGAUGAAAUCCCCUAACAUGUUACUGGAUAGUGACAGUAUCUGCAUUACUAAACUCUGGCUUUCUAAGAUAAGGGAACAAGGGAGGCCUUUAGGUCGGAUGUUCAGAUCCUUAGUAGCACAGGCUCUCAACAAUAUCUUGAUUACUGUUGAAAACACCCCACCAACACAGACAGUGCCAGUAGAGGGAUUUGCUGCUGGGUCCAAAACUUUGAAAGCACUGGGGACAGAGUAAGGGCUGGCGCUCACUGGGAGAGCACAUAAUUUUGUACGCAGCUUCAACUCACUAUGUAAGACUGCGAAAGACCCCUGUCUGAAUGAUCCUGAAGAGCUGUCUUCAGGUCCGUAUGCUAAGCCAUAGGGACCAGUAGUCUGACUCAGUUAUGAAGCUGCUGGCUCCCUGUAUGUUCUGAUGCUGGUUUUAGCUGGCUGGGCUAGGCUGAGGAACCUUUUUGCCCAUUGCUGCAACCAGGAACAUGGUCUAGAUGGGAAGGUGUUUAUGGCUUCCCUCAAAUACAUAGACAUGGCUGUGGAGAACGGGAAAGCAAUUCUUUUGGGGCAGAAAGCCCUUCUGACCUCUCCUGCUCCAUUUUCCAGGUGUGAACAUUGGAGGGGCAGGAUCCUACAUCUAUGAUAAGCCCCAAACUGAAGGGCAAGUGGCACCAGGCCCUAUUGAGCACAUAUCCAAAGUGGAAGAAAAGAAAGUGAGCGCAGCACCCAAGGGACCCAGCAAAGGUGAGCAUUGGGUCCCAGAAAAGGCAGCUGGCCCAGGAAGCAGGAGAAGGGGUGCUGCGAGGGCGUUGGGAUUGUGGCAGGCAACAGCCUAGGCACCUCUGCUUCUUCCAUUCCCUGCUGAGCAAUUGGGAGACUCUGUGGUUGGCUCAUUUCAUGAUUUCUGAAAACUAGCUUGCUAUCCAUUUUUGUUGCUCCUUGCAUACUCAGUGCUGUGUGUAUGUUGCAGUUCUACAGAAAUGGAGAAAAUUUCCAUACAUUUUAGGUCCAGGUAACCUGAAAAGCCAUGUUCCCUCAUAAGAACCUGCCUGGGUUCUCAGAUCUUUGGGGGAGGCCCUUGUCUCGGUCCCUCCCACCCUCAUAGGCACACUGGGUGGUGAGGCAGGACAGGGCCUUUUUGGUGGUGGCUGCUCACAGACUUGGAACUUGCUUCCUAAAGAAGAUAGACUGGUUCCCACUUUGUUGUUCUUCUGCUGACUGGUGAAGACUGUAUUGUUCCAACAGGCUUUGGAAACUGGCUGUUUAGAAGGAAAUGGUGGGUCCUGUGCUGUGCUGUGCUGUUUUUUAUUGUGAAUAUCUGUGUAUUUUAAUGGUAGAGAGAGAAAGAGAAAAGUGACAUUUCAAAUUGCAAGGUACAAGAGGGUUUGUUUCUUUAUUGCCUGGUGCAGUAGUUCAGUACAUUUGUCAAGUGAUGCUCUGAGCUCCAAGCACCCAUUGAAACCUGCAGACAGCGGCAGGUAAGAACUGUCUUGACUGGAAGCUGCCUGGCUUAAGGUGGGCAGAAACUGACCAGUGAGACAUGAUGUUGUCUCCCAACAAUGAAGGCAACCUGUAGCACUUGAACCUUACGCCAAUCAGGUUGAGCUUCUGCUGCCUCCUACGUUCUUUUUGCUGCAUUAGCAGCACCAAAGUGACCUCCCUGCAGCACAAGCCUGGGCAGUGUGUCUGGAGGUCCAGGGCUGCCCAGAUGAGGGCUGCCCCCUCUCGGCCUCACUGGCUGACAUGGUCCAGAGGAAAGCAGAGCAAGACAUUUGGCACCAGCUUGGCUGCAGGAGUUGCCAGAAGGAGGCGUACAGUGUGCCAUCUGACCAUCUUAAGGACUCAACUCUGGAUUUAUAUAGGGUUUACUCCUUAGCCUUUUCUUCUCCCAAAGAUACCCCACAAUGCAGCAGAGGGUUAGUAUCAGAGUUUUCCAUCUCCUGGAUGGGCUCUCUUUCCAGGGUGACAAGCCCCAUCUGCCCCUCUGUCCACAGCACGGGCAGAAACCGCCUUCUUUACCAUUGGACCCACUCUUGUCCGCUUAGUCUGCCAGAGCCUGUAUUUGGUUCGUUCACCUGGUUAAGCCGGGCAGUAAAUAUCGUUUCCUGGGGUGCGGCCGCUGUCACAUGCUGGCAGCUUCUUGGAGCCACAGGGGAGAUUUCUCACUGUGUCAGCUAUAGGAGAAGUGCUGAGAGCAGAGACACCCCUUGUGCAUCGACUUCCUAGACCUGACAAAGGCCUUUGACCUCAUCAGCCAAAAAUGACUCUUCACACAGCUCCACAAGAGAGGAUGUCUACCUCAGUGCCACAAGAUGAUUGUGUCCUUCCAGGAGAGUAGGUGUGGCGUUGUCCAGUAUGAUGGCUCCUCCUUGGAUGUUGCAUUCAGAGCUGGUUGGCUGAAGAGGAUCAAGGUCUGUCAGAUCCAGUUCUUGAGGUUGGAGCUGAGCAUUUUGGAGAAUUCAUGCCUUCCCAUUUGUGUUUCAGCUACCAGCAUUACCACCUUCACUGGGGAGCCAAACAUCUGCCCACGCUGCUCUAAGAAGGUCUACUUUGGUGAGUAUUGGCCUGUCCUGCAACUGCCCCACCUUGGCUUCGGAAAUACAGUGAAAUGUUGCAGCUGGAUGAAACCAGCGUCACCAAGCCAGAAAUGGUCAUGGCCUGGAAUGGCAGAUAACAUUUGAUUUUUCAAAAAAGGAAUAUAUCAUCUCUAGCAGACAAGCAAGCUCCGAUAAGAAGUAAUUGACUCUCUGGCAGUUCUGUGUAGGUAUAUUUACAAAAAGACACAUCCAGAGCCCAGCUUCUCGCCUGUUCGCAUUUACGUUUGUUGGUCAGUCUGAAAUCUCGCCCCUCCCACAACAGGAAGGACGCCAGACUCCUGCCUUUCCCCUCUUGCUCUUCCGUUGCCUUCUGAUUUUAUCCAAACGCCUGGAUUGAGGACUGAGAGGCUGACCUCCCCCCUCCUGCUCACUCUCACUCAACCCAGACUCAGACCUCUGCUUAUCUGCUGAUUGCCUAGCAACGCUUUGACUGCUUUCCAACUCUUCCUCUCCUUAAGAGCUAAUAGAGUCUUCUCCAAAAAGGGGGGUUGAACUGCCCUUUCUUGAUUCUGACAGGCAGUUCUCUGCAAAGUUGGUCCCUAGUUCAAUCUCUGAGUCUAACUCAUCCCCUGCACUCUGGGGGGCUAUGUUCCUGAUAUUCUGAUUUCAUAGUAGGGAGUGGGUUUGUGUGUGCUGGUGGCUAAAGAAACAAAGGAUUUAAGGGUCUUUCCAGUCUGCUAAGACUCCAAUCUGUAAGGGUACACACUAAGUUCUACCUUGGCCUAUAGAGUUGUGCCAGAGCAAAGAAUGGCCAAAUGGAGCAAGUUCCACCAGGUCUGUUCUUGGAAGUUUUUGGCAGAGAACUGAUCGGUCCAGUGACUGGCUACAAUUUCUAGAUUUAUACUUAAGUAGCAUGCUCACUCUGUUAGAAAAGUGGGGCAAUUUCUAAUGGGACUAUUGAUGUGCAUAAGGGGAUGGAAUUCCUGCUGACCCUUGUACACAGGACUGAACGGAACAAAGUAACAAAGAUUCUGCACCUAGAAAAGUUGAAUUCUGUGCCCUAUAUAAAUCAUAAAGAUUUGCAUUGCUGUAUGCAGUAUCUAUUCUGCUUCUGCGAGGGGCAAGAAGCUAUGAAGAGCACUGUGGCCUCAUCUCUCAGUCCAUGGAACUGAACCUCCUUCUAGCUUUGGGGAUUUUGCCCUAAAUGUGCAAGCCUUUCAUUUCACCCAGACUGGGUGGAAACUUGCUUUAAAGGAAAAGGGGAGCUGAGAUUCUGAGGAUGCUGAAUUGUGGCCAGAAUGUUGCAUUGAGAUUCUUGUGUCAAACCCUUCCGGCACUGCUUUGGAUGUGGUUUGUCUGAUCUCUGGAGGAUUCUUUUGCCUGAUGGUUUUCUGUGAGGCGCAAGUGGCAUAAGUUGCCAUGAGGACAGAUUGACUUGCAAAUUCGCAUGCCACUUCUUGUCUGUUCUAGCUGAGAAGGUGACUUCACUGGGCAAGGACUGGCACCGCCCCUGCCUGCGCUGUGAGCGCUGUGGAAAGACUCUGAUCCCCGGAGGCCACGCUGAGGUAAGGCUUGGGUGCAAACGCUGCAUUCUAACACAGGUGUCUCCGGGUUGGGCAGAUAUUUUGCACAUUUAAAAGACAUGUAGUGCUUGAUAAAAUUGUCACAAAGUGAAUAUUCACAAUUUUUGUAUGAUAGUUUCAUUUUUUUCUGAAUGGCUUUCUCCUUAUCUAGAAGUAAUAUUGGUGAAGGAUACUGAGAAAACCCUCCUCCCCCCCGCACAUCAAUCCAAUAGAAUCUCUCUCUAUGUGCAUUUGCUUAUGGAGAUUUUCCUACUCUAAGGGAUAGGUGUUGUUUUCAAUUCAUAAAAGGUUGUACACUACAAAUUUCAAACCACUCACCAUAAUAGCAACACAGUCACUAGAAAUGCAUUGUUAGGGGUCAUGGUUUUAGUAAAAACACAGAAGCAUUUGCCUGUGGGAAUGCCACCAGAAGUUUGGGAAAUGGCUUACAACCUGAGGAUUGGGUUAAUGACAUGCUUUGAGAUAAGCAGGUACACACAAAAUGUAUCCUGGAGUAAUCUAUGGUUUUGAGCAACUUCACAUGUGCACUUCCAAAAUAUCAUGGUUGUGAAAGCCCUCUGAGAAUCGGUAAAAACCAUUAGCAGGAAAUGCUUGUUACAUAAAGAUAAUGAGGAAGAGGCUCUGAUUAACUGACUUUUACCAGUGGCAGGUUAAUGUGGCAUUGGUUUAUUCCAAACUUAGUUGUGAAGAGCUUACACGGUAUGUAUCGGCCCAGUUUAGAGAGGGGUUUUGCUCACCUUUCAGAAAAGGUCCACUCCAUCUCCUCUGACUUUGGAGUCAUCCUGCCUUAAUGACUGUGACUUCUCAUAGUGUACUUCUAGUCCCUGUGACCUGCACAGAGCAUAGUCCUUUGUCUGCUCUGGAAUAUUAAACACUCCCUCCUGUUUUAGGUUCUCUUGAGCCACUUCAUACAGUUGUUGUGGAUUCCCAGCAUACACUUCCAGAGCCAGAUAACAUUUAUAUGUUCUUCAUGUGUGUAAAGUGCUUUUUUGACAUAGCAUUUCAUCUUCUAGAAGGAAAAAUGCAAUGUGAGAACUGUCAGAAGUUAUAAACCUAGAGGCAGAUUGAACCUUGUAUGUUUAGCUGCCUGUUUGCUAACAGAUACAGCAGUUUGAUGACGAGCCCUGCUUUGUAGCCAGAAAUCCUGGCUGCAGCUCUUCCCCUAUGAACUCAAGUUGGUUUUGGCAUGCACGGCUUCCUCUGCUACUGCUCUGAAAAGCAAACAAGCUGCAUUCUUCUGUGUCCAAAGAGCAGCUGUAUGUAUGCAAAAGGAGCAAGCAAAGAAGGGCCCAGGUGCCCCACAGCAUCUGAGACGUUGACCUGGGGGUCUCUCGGGGUUUGGCUUUGUCCCCUUUGCUAUUUACCAUUUAUAUGAAACUGCUGGGAGAGUUUGGGAGUUUGGUAGCUCCGGUAUGCUGAUGACACCCAGCUCUAUUUCUCCUUUUUCAGCUUUCCAAGGAAGUGUCUUGGUUCUAAACUGGUGUCUGUCAUCAGUAAUGGACUGAAUGAGGGUGAACAAAUUGAAACUUAAUCCAGACAAGACAGAGGUCUCUUGGUCACUGUGAAGGCAGAACAGACAAUAGGAAGCCUGUGCUGGAUGGGGCCACCCCCCCCCCGAAAACACCAGUUUGCAUUUAGUGUGUGCUCCUGGACUCAGCCCUGAGUGUGGAAGCCCAGGUCUCUGAGGUGGCUGGAAGUGCAGUGGCAGAGUUAGUUGCCAGGUGUGCCUCUUUGUGGAGAUCUUGACUUGGCCACUGUGAUACACGCCGUACAGUAGUUAGAUCCUGUUUGGGUUCUUGUAAUGAGUUCUACGUGAAAAUGAGUUCCUAUGAAAACGGUUCAGAAGCUCCAACUGGAGCUGCCUGUUUUAAAGGAAAUGACUGCGAUUUAAAAAAAAUUGUAAUUAUCUGUAUGUUAAUUACCCCCCCCCCCGGUAUUUUUAGCUGUUUCUGUUUUAUCUCUAUGCCUCCUUGAAUUCAUGUUAAGGAGAAAGGCAGAAUAUAAAUAAAUAGAAUAGGAGGGGGAAAUUGCAGUUCUGCACUGUUCCUAGUGGCUAUACACACUGUACAUUUAAAUCUCAUUCUGUCUCCAAAGGAUUCUGGGCAAUGUAGUUUACCCCUGACAGUUACCAUUCCCAGCAAUCCAUAACAAACCACAGUACCUAGAAUUGUUUGAAGGGGAAACGUGUUUCAAAUGGGCUAUAAAGGCAUAAUGUAGACACAGCCAGAGAGUUCCAGCUCUGGAUGCGAAAGCUCCCAUGUUGUUCAGGCACAGAAUACCACUGCUUCAUAUUAAUGGCUUUGGCCUAUGAGAUCUCAGACAUGCAGAAUCCUUGGGUACCAGCCACAACAGAGGCAGGCCCAAGCCUUUUGGGUUGCCCUUGUCCUUAGGCACAAGGUCAUUUCCAGGCAGGGAGAUUCAGCAUUUCACUAUGAUCGGUGCCACAUGGGCCAAGUUGGAUCCUUGGCCAGCAUCUGCUUUUGGGAGGGGUCUUUGAGAAAGACCCCUGCCUCUCCCUUCCCCCAGCACUUCCACACAUACCUGUUACUGGCCAAUAGGAAAGGCUCCUUGGUCAUGCAAUAGUUGGCCAUCCAAAUAAGCCUUCCAGUGGUGGAGAGACUAGUCUUAUGGUUUACAGCAAUGUAUUUCUCUCCCAUUUUCCUUCCCUCCAGCAUGAUGGACAGCCUUAUUGCCACAAGCCAUGCUAUGGGAUCCUCUUUGGACCAAAAGGUGAGUCUGAUAUUGGGACAGAUGGAUUUUCCAGAACUCAGUUGUUAAACAAGAGACAAGAAGGUUAGCAGGCCUGACAUAAACUGAUGUAGUAAGAGAUAAUUAAAAAAAAAUACAAUGAGAAGAUGAUAAUAAUAAUAAUAAUAAUAAUAAUAAUAAUAGAUACCAGUUUGAUCUCAAACUUAAACAUCAUUGCCCACAUACAUGGAGUAUUUUUGAAGUUAGUCAGUGCUGUGCUAUGUCCCCAAACAGAGAGAGGCUUUCUUUCUCACAUGGGAUGGCAGUUACAAGUCAGAUCUGCGUACUCCUCUUGGUCCAAGUGGGAGGAGCAACACCAUUUGAAGCAGAAAAGAAACUUAGCACAGAAAGUUGUGCAUUCUGCUUUCCUCUUCUGCCCGCUGGGUGUUAACUGGGCCUCUCUGCUUUCCUCCAUUGAUGCUUCUGCUGUUUUUGCAGGUGUGAAUACAGGUGCUGUCGGAAGUUACAUCUAUGAUCAAGACUCUGAAGCAAAAGACCAGCCUUGAGAGCUUCUUCUCUCCAUCUCCGCUUCCUGCUCAGCCCACUUCCACUCUGUUCUCUUAGACUAAUCUCCGUGUGUGUUUAGAUGUAGUGAAAUCAACUCCUGGCUUGGCCCUGUCACAAGAGCGGAUGACGUAGCUGUGCUUGCCCUGCUGUCUCCUCCCUGGGUCAGGCUGGCGUUCUAUUCCCUCCUCUGUUUUUAUAACAAAGGCUAUGCUAUAAAAGCACAGAGAGCCGCCUCUCUCCCCUGGGUCCUCCUUUCCUUUUCCCUUCAUCCGUCAAGUGUGUCCUGGGCAAUGGCCUGAGCUGUCCUCACAUGGCUGCUUGCGGUCACACAAACCAGGCUUUAUUCCAGGGACGUUCUGCAGCCAACUAUCGCUCCAGCUUAGUGUGGGUCAUUUAAUGGCUGGCUGCCUAGAGAGGGUAGGACAAGCUGAGCAAAGCAGGGGAUUUGCUUCAUUUUUUGAGCCAUCUUCUUCUGGGGCUGCUGAUAUAGCAUCUAGAUUCCAAACAGCCCCAGCUAUCGUCUAGCAGGCGAAGACUCAGCCGUCCUGUGAGCAAAUGCAGCAGCUGGCUCCAUCUGCCGGCUGACCUGGACUCCUGCAUGCUUGGCCAGAGCUGUGUUGCUCCCACUUGAAAUCUCAUCUCUGGACGGAAUCUGUGGGCUUGCGAGCCCAGGAGAGGACUUUUGUCAUGACUUGGGAGAGGAGGUGAAGGCCUUCGGAGACCUGUGUAGGCCAUCUGCCAAAGGAUGUAUUUGUUCCUUUUUGGCUGAUAAGUUUAAAUGUGAGGGGUACAUUGUGUCUGUUGCUGUGGGGGUGGGGAAGGAGGGGACUCUGGUUACUUGCAAAGUAUCCCAUUGUGGGUGUUUGAGGUUUAUUCAUAACUAGAUAGUGAUUUGCUUUUUGCUUUGGAGAAUGGCUUGCCCUUUCCAUAGCCUGGGAUAUUAGCCAAAGACACAGCCAGUACCAGCUGCGGGGGGGUUGGGGGUCAGAGGCUGAAUUAAUCAAUCCGCUUUGCAAAGCCUGCACUACCCAAAUUGCAGACCACCUUCUUUAUCCCAAACUGCCUCGUCUAACUUUUGCUGACAAUAAAGGUAUUUGGCAAACAGUUUGUGCAGUUCAGUUGGAGUCUUUGUUUAUGUGGAGAGGGAAGGGCUUUUCAUGCUAACCUUGAAACUGUUUUUUGGCCUCAGAGGCACGGCUGGCGAUGUUUUGUCCUGGCUCCCCUUCAACGGAUGACAAAAAAUGCAGUCUCAUACCCAGAGACCCCUGAAGAUUGCUAUACACAAGGGCCUUUUCUUCUAAAAGUGUGAGGAC